UUUAGGCUAAGACCAGUAAAGGAACUUCAGGGAGUUUGGUGGAGGGAGAAAAAUCUCUUUACAAUAUCGUCACUCUGGUUUAUUUCCAUUAUCAUUAGAGAAGAGUAUAGUGAACUCUAACUAAAAACUCUAAUUCUGUUGACAUAUGCCAAACAUGGCCUUACCAAUCCCAGCACAGCUCUUGCUCAAGCCACCCAAUAAUCGAGUCUUGCAAACCCCUGCAGGAGUUAUAAGUGUCACAAUUAGAACAAGAAAAGCUAAUAAUUCAUUGUUUUCCAACUUCCAUAGGUUGUAUUCAGGUCUCACGGCGGCCUGCAGUGAUGGAGGGGGUGAAGUUUAUGUUAACCCUUACCAGGAUGUUGAUAAGUUAAAGGAUAGCUCAUCUAACACAGCUGAUGGUUACAUUGCCUUGUUUGUUCGGAUGCUUGGUUUGGACCAUGACCCUCUAGAUAGAGAACAGGCAGUCGUUGCUCUCUGGAAGUAUUCACUUGGAGGGAAGAAGUGUGUUGAUAUGUUAAUGCAGUUCCGGGGUUCUGUUAAUCUGACUGUGAACCUUCUAAGGUCUGAGUCUGAUGCUGCUUGUGAAGCAGCUGCUGGUCUUUUGAGGAUGAUAUCCUCAGUGAAUAUGUACAGAGAGCUUGUGGCAGAUAGUGGUGCAAUAGAAGAGAUAAACGGCCUCUUGAGACGUUCUUCCCUCUCCCCAAAUGUGAAGGAGCAAAGCUUAUGUACAUUAUGGAAUUUAUCCGUGGAUGAGAAACUCAGAAACAAAAUUGCCAAUCCUGAUCUCCUGCCUUUACUGAUAAAGUUCCUGGAGGAUGAAGAAGUGAAAGUGAAGGAGGCAGCUGGAAGGGUUUUGGCUAAUUUAGCAUUGACUGUUUCUAAUCACAAGAAUAUGGUUGAAGCAGGUGUCAUCCCAAAACUGGCAAUGCUCUUGAAAACUGAGGUGGAGGGAUCUAAGGUCAUUAGAAAAGAAGCGAGGAAUGCGUUGCUGGAACUUGCUAAAGAUGAGUACAGCAAGAUUCUUAUCAUGGAGGAAGGUCUUCUUCUGGUGCCUUUAGUUGGUGCAGUUGCCUACAAGUCCUUCAGGCCAGCUCUGUAUUCAUGGCCUUCUUUGCCCGAUGGUACGAAAAUUGACCAGAACCCAAAAACUUCAAGAUACGGCGCCUCUGAAUUACUUCUUGGAUUAAAUAUUGAGGAUGAGAAUGCAAACAUUGAGGAAGCAAAGAUAAAGGCAAUUGUAGGACGCACUCAACAGCAAUUUCUUGCACGUAUUGGGGCAAUAGAAAUUGAAGAAGAUAAUAUAUCCAGUGGUGAACUUUCAUCAAAUACAAGGUUUACUCUUUUGCCGUGGAUGGAUGGCGUGGCUCGCUUAGUUUUAAUUCUUGGACUUGAAGAUGAGUCAGCUAUUGCUAGAGCUGCAGAGGCCAUUGCAGAUGUAUCUGUUAAUGAGCAAAUGCGGGUUUCGUUUAAAGAAGCAGGUGCUAUAAAUCCUCUUGUUCGGCUAAUUAACCAUCCUAGUGACACUGUUAAAUUAGCUGUUAUUCGGGCUCUGGAGAGGCUAUCUAUCAGUAAUGACGUAUGCCAAAGAAUGGAAGCAGAAAAUGUUUUGCAUUCUUUGAUUUACUUGCUCAGUAACUCUGAGAUCUCUAAGAGCUUGACAAAUAUGAUAUUGGAUAUUCUUACUCGGAUCCUAGAUCCUAGCAAAGAAAUGAAAUCAAAGUUUUAUUAUGGACCAGUUAAUGGGUCGACAAAGGAAUGGGGUGCAGCAAGAAAUGCAGGGUUAACUGGAAAUGAAGAUGAGAAAGUUGCAUCAACAACCAGCUUGGUAACUGCCAAUGUGGUGGAUCUCUUAGAUUCUGCUGUUCUAUCUCGCCUAGUUGAUAUCAUGAGGACAUCAUCCCCAGAUUUGCAGAGGAAAUCUGCUUCAAUCCUUGAGUUUGCCGCAGUUAUUGAGCCAUGCACAGAAAAGAUCCUGUCGGUUGACCUAGAAAGUGGGCUGGAUGGUGUUUUCCAGCAGAAAACUUUAAAUGAUGCAGAAUCUGAAAUAGAUCUGCAGAACCCAGAACUUCAUGCGCUUGAGGUUGAAGAGGCUGGCCAUGCGAUAUCUGCAGCAUCCCGGCUACUUACAAGACUGCUGGACUUUGAGCAGUUCUGUUGUAAAGUAAAUGCAUCUCAUUUCACAAAGUUACUGCGAAAGGUUCUCAAAUCAGACAUCCCUCUUUACCACAAAGACUGGGUUGCUGCCUGUCUUCUGAAGCUCCGCUAUCUCUCUGGUCCAUAUUUUGACUAUGAUAAUCCGAUCAACUUAGAGGUAACUCUUUAUGAGACGAUCCCAAGGCUGGUAGAACAGAUCAAGACUUCAUAUUCACCGGAAGUACAGGAGGCUGCUGUUGUAGAACUCAACAGAAUAAUCGCUGAAGAGGUGGUGAAUUCCACCAGAGCCGUGGCUGCAGAGGGAGGGAUAUUUCCAUUGGUGAAGCUGCUCAAAAAUGAGAGUGAACGUGCUGUUGAAGCAUCUCUAGCAAUACUGUAUAAUUUGAGCAUGGACAGUGAGAAUCAUGCUGCGAUUAUAGCUGCUGGAGCUGUGCCAAUUUUGAGACGACUUGUACUAGCGCAAAGGUCACAUUGGAUGCGAGCUCUGAGAUUGCUUAGGACAUUACCUACAUGAUGAAUUCAGCUAAAUUCUUUUAGAGGAUUACCAGUUGUAAUAUAAGAAUUUUGAGUUCAUCUUGUUAGUCAUAUAGCCCGCCCUUAUACAAAACCCUCUAUUUAGUCUUCAAGCUGAUCUCUUCUGUGAUGAGAGAAUUUUGUGAAUUGAGCCAGUAACAGAUAUUUAAUGCUAACUGUGUGACCUUCAAAGAAUUGGUUUAAGUUCUU